AUGACACAGACUGUUGACUAUUUUCCACAGAGAUCACGUGAAGAGUUACAUAAAAAGAGGUUUCUGUUGUUCCGGGAAAGGAUUGUACGUGGGCGGAGCUCCAUGAAGCAUGAGCCGUUGUUGUUCAAUAAUUCCCAUUGUUAGUUUUAACACAGACUUUAUGGCAUUGUGACCAAAACCAUGAGUGAGUAA